GUGUGGCCGACGGCGCCGACGGUGACGGGAAAAACAGGAAAGUCGUUCUGUGGGUGCGCGACCGAAUUCGUGACGCGCGUGCACCCCGGCGUCACAUUUUAAGCGUUUCCGACGGCCGACACUCAACGAUUGCACGAUGCGCCACCUCGCCCUCCUGGGAGCCUGCGUGGCAGUAACCACGGCACAACACUACGACGACACGCGCGACGGCCUCUGGCACGUCUGCUCGCCGGCGUGGGCCGUGCCCCAGCUCGACGACGAUUCAUUAAACGCGGACGAGGCCUGGCGCGUCGAGAAGUACUUAGCAAGAGCGGCGUGCUCGUCCUCGACACCAAUAAUCUGCCAGAUCUGCGCGGGCCUCGCGGCGCGUGCCGACGGCGCGAGCGCGCCGGGGACGUGCGGGCUGAAGAAAGGCGAACAGCCCUUCGAUUCGCUGCUCCUGCAGACGACGGGGCAGGUCGCGGCCUGCACCCAGGCGACGGACGGCAAGCUGCACGCCUACUACUCGGAGCUGUCGUGCCUGCUCGAGGCCUAUUCGCGGGCGACGCCCUUGGUGGUUCUGCCGCCUUCAUUAAGAUGGGGCUUCCGCUUCGGCGACACGACGCGCGCGAUGGAGGGCGCCUACCUCACGAAGGCGCGGAAGGUCGGGACGCGCGACCAGGCCGUGCUCUUGCCGCUGCACACGGGGCGCCACGCGGGCGGCCUGCGGCUCCUCCAGCAGACUGUGGAACACACGCUGCCCAAGUUUCUGGGGCGGGAGAAGUGCGCCAUGUGGCGCGGCGGCACGACGGGCCAGAUCCCGGCGUACCGCGCCUACGAGGCGAAGGUUUCGAAACGCGACCGCGACGUCAAAAAGUACGCGAACGUCCCCUUAAACACGCGGCUCGAGCUCGUGACGCGUUUUGGUACCACGGAGAGCGUCGCUGGAAUCAAAUUGGACGUGGGUUUUAGUGGGAUCACGGCCGGCGCCGGCGCCGCCACCAAGGGAUUACUAAGGGACUCGGUCAAGCCCAAGGCGACGAUCGCCGACUUCGGGCGGUGCAAGUACCAGCUCUCGAACGAGGGCAACGACGUCGCGACGGGCCUGAAGUGGCAGCUCUACACGGACUCGGUCGUGGUCAUGCCGGCGCCGACGAUGGAAACCUGGGCCCUCGAGGGCGCGCUCGAGCCCUUCGUGCACUACGUGCCGGUUAAGCGCGACUGGUCGGACCUGGAAGAGCGUUUGACGUGGGCCGAGGCCCACCCGGCGGCCGCCGCGAACAUCUCCGCGAACGCGCGGGCGCACGUGCUCCGCGUGCUGGGCGCGUCGGUGGCGUCGGAGCGGCGCGUCGUCAUGGCCGUGCUGCGGGGCUACCGCCAGGCGCUCGCGUGCGCGCAGCCGGCGUGAGGCGUUGGGGCCCCUUCUCUAGUAAGUGUAC